ACAUCUUUUCUACAAAAAUUUGCUCAUUUACUGAGGGAAUUACCGACGGAUGGAAUCCAUCGUGAUUACCAUUAUUCCGACGAAACCACCGUCGGUAUCCUUGUAUUUUAUUCUUAAGCUGAAUAGAUAUUUUAUUUUUUAUUUUUAAUGUUAAAUAUUUACUGACGGAAUGAGAUCCAGCUUAAAUAAAUAAUACUGUACUUUCAAAAUAGCAGAAUAUCGCGCCCUAGCGCCCCAAAAUCUAAAAAUACGUUUUCCUUCAACCACCGCGAGCUACAGCCACCGCCGCCGUCGCCGAUUGUUUCGCCUCCAUUUUAGAUUUGACGUUUUUGUAGCACAAGACAAAAAUAACGGAAGUAGCCAAAGAUGUACAGAGCAAAGCGUCUCUACCAAAUCACCACACCUUGUCAGCAGCGGUUGAGUCACUCCUCGGCCGCAUCGAGAGUCGGUUAUGAACGUAAAAGGAAGAAAUGGAUGCCGCAGGAGCUCACGCGAGGUGUGGUGGAGCUCACGUGCAAGUCAUCUGCGCCUAGCGGCGUCUGCAAUGUCUAUUUGGUUGGAACUAAUCACAGUUGUCUGGAAUCUGGGAGUUUAGCUCAGGCUGCAGUGAAAUUCUUCAAGCCAGAGGUUGUUUUCUUGGAGUUGUGCUCUUUUCGCAAAUUUAUGAUAACGGGUCAACCUAAGAAGGUACCAACCAUUCGAGAAAUGGUGGAUAUGUGGAGGAAGAAUAUGACUGCUUCGUUUAUUCUUUUCGAGUGGUAUGUUAGAAAGUGUGAUGAAUCAUGGGAUGGUAUAUAUAAUGGAGAGUUUUACUUGGCAAAUGAGGAAGCAAUAAAGUAUGGAGCCAAGGUUAUACUUGGUGAUCGACCAUAUCCGGUUACAAUGAUGAGAUAUAUAGGCAAGACGUCUCUCACGCAUUUGAUGGUGCCACGAGAGAUAAGUUUGCCAGAAGAUUACCGCAACAAGAUCCAUGGAAAGAUUCAUGCUGGCACAAUUGAUCGAUUCAACGAGGAGUAUGCCAAGCAGGAUCCUACGAGGGCACAAACUUUCAUGGAUGAGCGUGAUCAAUAUAUGUCAACAAAGCUACUAGAAGUCGCAGUCCAGCAUGAAUCCGUUGUUGCUAUCGUUGGAAUGGGCCACGUACCGGGAAUAACAAAAUACUGGAAUCAGAAACACCCUAUCGACGUUGAGCAACUUCUUAGCAUUCCAAAACAACCAAUAACGGUGGGGAUACUUGGUUUUAUUGGAGGAAUAUUAGUCAUAAUCUUGAAGGCCAUAAACAUUAACAUCAAAAGGAGCAGUCGAGCGGCUCCUUAAUUUGCAUCAUCAAAAAAUGAAAGGUGGUUGCUCUCUUCACCUUCACCACCCUCUCUUAUUUGGAUCAACAGUCAAAAUGGCAUCUCAUGUAGAACAAAAUAUGUUGCCAUGACUUCUUCAACUCUAGAUUGUUGCACAACAAAAAUUAAAGUUUGGUACUCUAUCUUUUUA